GUUAGUAUUGCCUACCUAUCAAUAGGCUAUUGCAUGGCAUCCAAUCAGCGACAGCACAAAGUGCAGAGAAGUUAGAUUGCUAAAGGGCUCUAAGUCGUCUGAGGUACAGAGUCUCAGACCGCCUGGUAGGUUAUGGACCGGUUUGCGGGAUUACAUUGAAGCAACAUUGUCUCGCUUGGAUUCUUUCACUGUGAAGGCGCAGCCGGGUCCCGGCGCCGCACAAAACAUAACAGAAUGCUGCGGUCAAAUACUGCCUGCAUUGCUCAUCACCAGCUGGGCGCGCUUGCUCUCAACACCCAAUUUGCACACGCCUGUCUUCUAGAACAGUCAAUGUGCCCUGUUGUGGGCCAACCUGGGGCACACUUGCGAGUCUGUUCGCAGUAUGACGGCCCGCCGGUGACCAUCAUUGGGGAAGGCCGCAUUGGGAGGGCGUUCGCACAGAUGGCCGGGAAAAGGGCCCUGCUUCUUGGUCGGGGGGAGGGCAUCCCGGAUGCGCCUGAAUCACACCGGGAAGAGGACAGCUGGCAGUCUGGACCAGUCCUGGUGGCCACAAGAAACGGCGACCUGCAAGACGUCCUGGAAUGGGUACCACUUAAGCGGCGGCCUGACUUGGUCUUCCUUCAGAACGGCAUGCUCUUCCCCUGGCUAAGACAGCAGCAUCUUCUGCCCGACUGCACGCUGGCCCUCCUUUACUUCUCGUCUGCCGUGGACGAUUCCAACCCGGCGAGGAUGCGUGUCGUAGAUGGGGGCGGGAAGACUACGGCUUGGGGUAGAUGGGCCACCACUGUCGUGGAGAUUCUUGAAAGUGGUGGCGUCCGCGCUGCCGUGAUCGACGACUGGGCGACGUUCUCCGGCCUGACGGUCGAGAAGCUACUAUGGAGCUCCAUUUUCUGGCUGCUGUCGGCGGGCCUGGCCGGCAAGCCGGUCGGUAGGAUUGCUCGAGAGAACCGUUUGGACGUCCGGGCGCUCGUUGCGGAGCUCCUGCCAAUCGCGGACGCACACGUGGCAUCUUCCGCGGACGGAUCUCCGGAAGGUGCAUCGUCCUCCGCACAGGCGGCCCCAGGCACGACAUCGUCAACUGCCGGACACCGGGCGACCUCCAUAAAGGAUGUCGUCAGCGCCAGGUCGCCAGAAGGAGCCGCUGCGCAAGCUUUUGAAAAGCACAGCUGUAGAAGUGGUUUGAAAGCUCGCUAUUGGGACGACGUCCCCUUAAUCGGGGAUGUAGCAAGGUUAGCAAGUGGAGAAGACGACUCCAUUCCGGGCGGGGGUUUGCUGCCAACGAGAGCUCAGGAAGGGGAUCCUCACUGGAGUAGCAACAGUGUUGCUUCUGAAACGUUGCCCGUAGAAUCGACGGCGGACGGGUCUGAGGAAAGGAUUGAACGGCUUGUCGACAGCCUGUGUGAAUACUCUCUGGCGAUAGGGGCAGCGGUCCCGAGCCGGGAGAUGGCGCUGGCCGAGUUUGAGUGGCGGAACGGGUGGUUUUUGUCAAAGGAGACAAGCCCAACGCAUCUUGCAUGGCUUCAACAAGCCGGAGUCGAUACGAGAGCUGCAUCGUAAAAGACAUAAAUAAAAAAUUCUCGAAUGCUUAAAGAGGGUCUCAUGAGAGAAGUCCACCUUCAACGAUUGAUCGAAGCCCGUACAUAGCUUGGUUGUCCCACCCGGCCCCACCUAAAACAUGCUUUUGGGUACUAAACGACCGCUUUCAAUGUUGACGAUUUCGCAGAGUUUGCCUGCGGACAGUGGCCGCGGACUGACCAUGCAUAAGUGCUUUGGGCUAAAGCCAGGACCGGUGCCUGUCCUAUGCUGCGAAAACUAGCUGUCAGAUUGCCACGCUGAUAGUGUUGCUGCCUGAUUACUUGUAAGCCAGGGCGGCAGGCCGAUUGAUCAUUAAGUACGUUGAACA